AUGAAGAACAGAAGGGAAUAUGUGGAAUACUGUAGCGCGAUUUUGGUGUCUCUCUUCUGGAUUCACAGCUCGUUCGGGAUGCCUCAUGUCAUUCGGAUAGGAGGGAUUUUUGAACAAACCGAUGGACCUGUGGCACUGGUGAGCUCAGAGGAGCUGGCCUUUAAAUUUGCAGUUAAUAAUAUCAACAGAAACAGGACAUUAUUGCCCAACACGACGUUAACGUACGACAUUCAGAGGAUUAAUAUCUACGAUAGCUUUGAAGCCUCUAGAAAAGCGUGUGACCAGCUGUCUUUAGGUGUCGUUGCCAUAUUUGGACCGUCUCAUAGCUCCUCAUCCAAUGCAGUACAGUCCAUCUGCAAUGCCCUGGAAGUACCACACAUACAAGUACGAUGGAAACACCAUCCUAUGGACAACAGGGACACAUUUUAUGCCAACCUGUACCCUGAUUACUCCUCUCUCAGCUACGCUAUCUUAGACCUGGUGCAGUUUCUCAAGUGGAAAACAGCCACCGUGGUUUAUGAUGACAGCACAGGAUUAAUCAGGCUUCAGGAGUUAAUUAUGGCUCCGUCCAGGUAUAACAUCAGACUGAAGAUCCGACAGCUCCCUCUAGACACCACAGACACCAGGCCUCUGCUCAAGGAGAUGAAACGGAGCCGAGAGUUUCGCAUUAUCUUCGACUGCAGCCACAUAAUGGCUGCACAGAUCCUCAAACAAGCCCAGAUGAUGGGAAUGAUGACAGAGUACUAUCACUACAUCUUCACCACUCUGGAUCUCAUGGCCAUAAACCUGGAGCCGUAUCGCUUCUGUGGAGUCAAUAUGACCGGAUUCCGCAUACUGAAUGUGGACAAUCCUCAAGUUGCUUCCAUUGUGGAGAAGUGGUCCCUUGAGAGACAGAUUCCCCCAAAACCGGACUCUGGCCUCCUGGAGGGGAUUAUGACGACAGAUGCUGCUCUGACGUACGACGCAGUCCACAUCGUGUCGGUCUCGUACCAGCAUGCUCCGCAGAUGACUGUCAACUCACUGCAGUGUCACCGCCACAAACCCUGGAGGUUCGGAGGCCGCUUCAUGAGUUUCAUUAAGGAGUCUCAUUGGGAUGGCCUGACAGGACGGCUGUGUUUCAACAGAACUACAGGUCUGCGCACCGACUUUGAUCUUGACAUUGUGAGUCUUAAGGAGGAUGGCCUUCAAAAGGUGGGGAAGUGGAGUGCAUCUGGAGGGCUUAACAUCACAGAGGUCCCCCGGCAGAACGGCAUGAACAUCACAGACUCGCUUACAAACCGCUCGCUGGUCAUCACCACUAUCCUGGAGGAGCCAUAUGUCAUGCUCAAGAAGUCUGACAAGGCACUCAUCGGCAAUGACCGCUUUGAAGGCUUCUGUAUUGACCUGCUUAAAGAGUUGGCCAGCAUUCUUGGAUUUUCGUACGAGAUCCAUCUGGUGCCAGAUGGGAAAUAUGGUUUUCAGGAUGACAAAGGCCAGUGGAAUGGCAUGAUAAGAGAGCUCAUGGAACAUAGAGCCGAUCUGGCCGUGGCUCCUCUCACGAUCACAUUUGUGCGGGAGAAAGCUAUCGACUUCUCCAAACCCUUCCUGAACACUGGUAUCAGCAUCCUGUACCACAGACCUAACGGCACCAAUAGCGGCUUCUUCUCCUUCCUCAACCCCAUGACCCCUGACAUCUGGGUCUACAUCCUGCUGGCCUACCUGGGUGUCAGCUGUGUGCUCUUUGUCAUCGCCAGGUUCAGUCCGUAUGAGUGGUACGACGCCCAUCCUUGCAACCCAGGCUCCGAUGUGGUCGAAAACAACUUCACCCUUCUGAACAGCUUCUGGUUUGGCGUGGGCUCCCUCAUGCAGCAAGGUUCAGAGCUGAUGCCCAAAGCUCUCUCCACCCGAAUCAUUGGAGGCAUAUGGUGGUUCUUCACCCUCAUCAUCAUCUCCUCCUACACUGCAAAUCUGGCCGCUUUCCUCACUGUAGAGAGGAUGGACUCGCCCGUGGACUCUGCCGAUGAUCUGGCCAAACAGACCAAGAUUGAUUAUGGUGUAGUAAAAGAUGGAGCCACCAUGUCUUUCUUCAAGAAAUCACGCGUGUCUACGUUUGAGAAGAUGUGGGCUUUCAUGAGCAGCAGACAGAGCACAUCAUUUGUCAAGUCCAUUGAAGAUGGCAUUCAGAGAGUGUUGAAGUCUGACUACGCUCUGCUCAUGGAGUCAACUACUAUUGAGUAUGUGACUCGCAGGAACUGCAAUCUCACACAGGUCGGAGGCAUUAUCGACAGCAAAGGUUACGGCAUCGGCACCCCCAAAGGUUCCCCGUACAGGGAUAAAAUCACAAUCGCUAUACUCGGCAUCUUGGAGGAUGGUCGUCUUCACAUACUCAAAGAAAAGUGGUGGAGCGACAGCAGCUGCCUGGAGGACGAGCGGUAUGAGACGGGUCCAAUGGGCAUCCAGAACCUGGGUGGCAUCUUCAUCGUGCUGGCAUCUGGUCUGGUGCUCUCAGUGUUUGUGGCUAUAGGAGAAUUCAUCUACAAACUCCGGAAGAAUGCAGAACGUGAACAGGUCUUUCUGCAGUGCGGUGAUGGAAGAGAUCAGACUGUCGUUCACGUGCAAGAGACGAGUGAAACACAAGCCCCACCCCCAGCCGUCGGCCAUGGCGAAGACGGACGCAGUGAUCAACAUGCACUCCUUCAACGACCGUCGCCUGCCCGGAAAGGACAACAUGAGUUGCAGCACCGCAAUGACGCCCGUAUUUCCAUGACUUGCCUGGGCGAUGGCCACCUGAGGCACGUUCCUGGCGCCGUGCCAGAGAGCAGGGACUACGGCUCCGAAAUGAUCACGGCAUUCACCAUCAACCGUAGAGACAUCCGACACCAAAUGGCCAGUCAGAACGGUGGCAGUAGCAACAAACCAGGUAGUGACCACAUCCUCAAACCAAUGUAUCCCACCAUGCCAUUGCGAGAGGGUGGCCGAUCAGUAUCCUUCCUGUGAGAGCGGCAGCCACGUCUCCGAAACAAAUCGGCGCCUGAGUCUGAUGUUUACAAACGGCACUCUGACGCAAAGCUCACAAUCUGAAACGUGGAACUUGAAAGAGCCCCCAGUACAAUGAAAAUCUAGGUUUCUCAUUGGAACAAAUUGAAAAUGUGGAAUAGAGGCUUUUUUGAAGCACGGCAAUAAAUGAAACUACAGACAGACACAAAGGGGAGUAUUUUUCUUAGAGUGUCAUUUAUAGCACAUCAAAUUCAUUUUCAAGAGUUCUGACGAUUCAUGUUUUGAUUUUGUCAAACGCUGUGAGCGUUUGCAGUGUUUCAUUGGAGGCGAUGUACAUUACAGAUGUGUGUCGAACCGUAGAAGUUUAGUUUAGU